AUGGACAUAUUCCCUCAAAAACUGGGAGAGGUCAUGCUAAAGCUAAUGGAUCAAUGUAGGUUUCUUGCAAAGGAGGAACAGAGCUCGUUACGUCCAUUAACUGUACUGACGUUUCUACAACAUAUGAUUGCUUCUCCUAACGUUCACCUUAUGUUCUUCUGGUGGAAAAUUCAGCUAUGUGCAGUGUUAUUUCCAGAUGAGCUUUUUGAUCAGAGAAUUGAUUGCGUGGGAAGUACACAUGCCAAAUGCAUUGAGGAUGCUAAGAAAUUGGCAGGUGAAGAGCCUGCCUGGAAGGAAGUCAAAGAUGCUGUUAAUGAGGUGAAAUAUCCAAAAUCAAAAGAAGAAUGGGAGAAGGUUCUGGCAAAAUGCCAGCAUCUCCUGAGCAGCCAUACCAGUCGUCUUCCAGAUACAAACAUCUAUCAGCUGAAACUGCUGGACUGUGCCAUGGAUGCCUGUAUUAACCUUGAAGCCUGGGAACAAGCUUUGUGUUAUGGCAGCAGGACGCUUGGACCAUACAGGCUGUAUUACCCUAAUUUCCAUCCACUGAGGGCUGUGCAGCUGAUGCGAGUGGGCAAACUGCAGUACAGUCAAGGCAUGUUACCUCAGGCACUGGAGACCUUGAAACAGGCCUAUGAUAUUAUGAAGGUGACCCAUGGGACAGAUCACAGCCUGAUGCAAGCCUUGAUGGACUUAAAGGAACAGUGUGAAGCCAUCAUGAAAGUACCCUGAAUAAAACCCCAAUCUGGAAAACAAGACAUUCAAGGAGAAAGGAUACGGAAUUCUUUUUGUUACAUUAGGAAGCUUCCUAAUGUGUUCCUAAGUGGUUUUGGUAUAUUUUCAUCAAGUCCUAUUUUCUUUACAAAAAUGUUUAGUGUUUAUUAGUUUUUCUCUUCUGGAUUGAGUUAAGGUUUGGAGGAAUAUGUGAUGUUUUCAGAAAGUUUUUAACUUCUGCAAGUCAAAAUGGUAGUAAGUCUGAAUAUUUGCUCUUAAGACAUGCUGAUAAAACUACAAACUUAAACAUAAAGCAAGGAUAAAUGUAAUUUGUUUUAUUUAAUAACCAGAACCUCAAAUCCAAAUAGCAGUGAAUGUAGGAAGAAUUGAUAAUCAAAUUGGAAUCUCAGUGAUACAGGACACAACUUCCUGCUAAGCUUCUCCCACAUGCUUUCUAGAUAUUGAUUUCUGUAUCUUUUCUGUUAUCUCUGAAUGAUCACAAAGUCUAACUGUACAUCUUAUGCUUGUUGACUAGAACACAGCUAUACCUUUUUUUCUACCAGACACCUAAUUUAGAUGGUAACACUUGAUUAUCCAUUUACAACACGUGAUUUAAUUGAUAAUAAAUACUGAGAAACACAUACCAUCUUAAUUUGCAGCAAAAUGAUAUGAUUUCAUUGAGAUGACCAAUCAAUUAUUUGUGCCAGUUUAUGCCAACACUUCAAGAUAUAGUCAUAGAAAUAAGUAGAGAGAUCAUGUUUUUCCCUUUAACUUCUCAUUAGAUUUGGUCAGAUCCACUUUUCUUUAAAAGAUUCCCAAUAUUCUAAAUUGCAUCUUGAAUUUUUAGAGGUGAUUUUAUAUAUGCAGUAUUUGUCUGCAUUCAAUAAACAAUGAGGAUGACUUGGUUUCUAGAGUGACUAGGUUGUGAAAGCAUCCUUAUGUCACUGUGAAGUUCUUUUAGGGCUGAAGCCAAACCUUUUGCUAGUGCACAGAAGUGCUGCUUGUCUCUGAACUUCCAUCAUCUACACAUUCAGUCAAGUACCUAAAGAGAAGUGUGGCAUCACAUUUGCUUCUGCAUAGCAGACAGGUGCACUGAGCACUUGCUCAGGAAGCUCAUGGUGUGGUUUGUAGACCUUUCUAAGCCUUCAGAGUUUGGUUUUACUGUGCCCACUUUCCCCAAAUUGUACUUCAGAUUCGAGAGUAUAGACACUGUAGUACACACUAAGUAGGAUUUUCUUCUCAAGCAGGGAAAUGCUCACUCUGAUUGCUGCAGCCAGGUGUGGUCACCUCUUCCCCAGUCAGAACAGGCAGUGGGCUGAAGACUGGGGCUCAAGCAUGUGAGCAGUCCAACAUACCAGACCAGGCUCGAAGCAACCUGAUCUAGCUGUGGAUGUCCCUGUUUAUUGCAGAGGAGUUGGACUAGAUGACUUUUAAAGGUCCCUUUCAACUCUAAGGAUUCUAUGAUUCUAUGAUACUGGUUAACUGUACUUCUAAGAAAAUUCACUUCCAUGUUUCUGUCAGGCCAACUAUAUGUCUUUUUCCCUCUUUUCCACAUCUCCUUUCUUCUCCCUCUCACCAAGCACACAUGACCUUGUGUUGAAGCUGUAAGACCUACAGAGAUCCACUGAACCAGAUCAGUCCUGGGGAAUAGAAGCAUUUCUUGGAAAGCGUAUGUGCUCCAUUUGCCCACACUCAUUCACAGGGGAGUUGCUGUUACCAGAGCUGCUAACUUCCACUUUUAACACAGAAACAAAUGUUAACAAAAGCCAAAUAUUUAUGAGGAACAUUGAAACCUAGAUAAUUUAAGGCUCCUGAAAAUAUCGCUCCAGGUGUGUCUCUCCUCUCAACAAUUUAUUGCUGCUACUCCAGCCAUGACUGUUGUUUCAUUAAUCUGUAGUUGUUAUAAAGUCAGGCUUUCUUCACACUAGUCACUUGACACCAUUAAUUAUUAUGAGACGGGAACACAUUUAAAAAGAAAAUGAACACUCUGGGCAUAAUUUACAGCCCCAGCACAAGAAUGCCAACACUGAGGAAGAUAUCUCUUUUCAAGGCAUUUGAAUUUGUUCCAGUGUAUGGAGUAUUCACUUGCCCGGCAGUAAUACGCAAGCAAUAACCUAUGAAAUGCAGUGCACUUCCGGAGUAUGUAGCAUGGCUUGAGGCCAGAGGCCAAGUCAUAUCAGCCACUCAAGAAGUGCAAUAAUCCUGACAGAAAUUCACUGCUUGGUUGGAUCUUCUUGCUAUUAUGAAAAGGAAAUUGUCUGAGAGAGGGGUCAGACCUUUGCAUUUAUUGGGAUUUCUGACAAAGCUAUGGCAUCAUUGAUGGACAAUGAGGAAGUGUGAGAGGUGCUCAGUCCUUAAAAGCUAUUUUCUGGUUUUAAAGGGAUACAUUAUAUUUGAAAAUGUGUGUCUUAGUGUAAAGAUGAUACCUGCAUUAUCUUAUGAUUCUAUAUCUACUACUAAGACUUGUAAAUGAAAAGCACUUCAGUGUGUGAGCUAAGAUGGUGUAUUGAUUUAUACAGCAGGAGAUACCCGCCAGCUCUCAUGGAUGCAGACACGUCUGUAUAUAUGAAUUGCAGCACUGCCUUUUGGUACAGGACACCACAACGGUGCAAGCACAGCAGCGGGGAAAGACAGGUACUAGGAGAGGGUCAGAUUUACCUGGCAUCAGAUGAAAAAGGCUACAGAGCAUCCUGAAGGUAUGUGUACUACCAUGAGUAGAACUGUAGGGGACAGAUGCCCAGUCACAGAAUCAUGGAAUGGCCUGAGUUGAAAAGCCCACAGUGAUCAUCUGUUUUCAACCCCC